AUGUCUAUUGAAUGUAUGCAAAGUCACAGGAUAGAUCCAACACGACCGUGCGAUAUGACAUGGGGCAAGCAAGUUGGCAAGGGAACCGUUUUCGGGACAUUGGGUAAUAGUGAUCAAGGGCUUUACGGUAAAGGAGGUUACAAGCAAGAUAUUUUUAAUGAUGCUAGAGGGAAAUUGGAAGGGCAAGCGUAUGGAACUAGAGUCUUGGGACCUAAUGGUGACUCUAGUUCACUUGGUGGAAAACUGGACUGGAACAAUGUAAACAAGGAUGCCAGAGCUACUUUAGAGAUAACCAAGCAGAUACAUGGACCUACUAACCUGGACGCAUCAGCAUCUAAAGUGUGGAACUUUGACAAGAAUACUCGUCUAUCAGCUGGUGGGACUGUAACGCAAGAUCUUGGUCACGGAAAACCCGACUAUGGUGUCGGUGCUACUUUCCAACAUGACUUCUGA